UUAGAUAYAGCUCUCCUUAGCAACAAAGGUAUUCGUCUCAGACUUCCCGGCCUCUUGAUCAAUAACCAUUUGUCAUUAUMGAUUAACUAACCUUAAUGACCUUUAUAUUGCUUGAGUUKARCAAAUUGCGAAAAAUCACCUUGUUUACCUAGUGAAAUAUGUCUACAGACAGCAAAASAAGAGAGUAACMUCUUCMUUUUGAGAAGGUGACUUCAAUUUAUCGCGUUACACGUUGUCAUUGCCAUUUGACACAUUCUAAUUUUGAAGCAAUAUCCGCAGGACUAGUUCUAGUAGAUGACAGUUUGAACAUCUUCUCUGGACAUUUAAAUACGCCGUGCUAUGGGAGUUUCAGACAUUGAAACGCUUCGAGGGCUAGUAGAUUCUUCUUUACGUUCUCCAGAGUACGGAAUAGUUAAUUUUCAUCAUCUACACAAAGUUUUACAUGGAAUUUUGAGUCAUUUGGGACUUCAUUACGACGGCAAACAGCUCGCCAGUAAUGAGACCUCGGAGAAAAWCUCRCAAUUCUCGGCGRUUGAAUCUGAUGAAGGAAAGCGAGUGGGUGAUGCAGAAAAUUAUGUUGAAAGGUCAGAGAAUGUUGUUGAUAUACAGCAAGAAUCAAAACAAUCUCAUGGUGACGGAGUUGAACCAAAGGARACGAAUCAAGAAGGCCAAGAAGUCGAGAAACUAAAAUCUCAUCAGCGACAUCUUGAAAGCAAGAUCAGCAAUCUUGAAGACAAACUCAAACUACUUGAUGAAUUUCCUUCCAACAAGACAAUAAUACAAGAAGCACAGCAGAGUACCYCYCCYGAYGCUAAAGAAAGCACACUCUCAGGGAUUUGGCAGUUUAUGAAAAUAAACAGAAGACUKCAAGCUGCAGAGGAUGCUAUCGACCGUAUCAUGUCCAUUUUAAAUGAAUUCCUUGGAAGCGGUCAAGGAAAAUCUCUCASUGYMAUAUCAGACAGCAUUCAAGACUUGUCCUCRGAGCUACAGCAACUUAAAGACCAGCUCAAGGAUUCACCAUCUCAAUUCGAUGGCUUGUUGAAGAGAGAAGAUUURAAUAAAUGCAUUGAUGGUCUUGCUACAAAAGAUGAACUCCAAGARUAUGUGAAAUGGCCUGCUUUGGAGGAAGCUUUGCAAAUCAAGAAGGACAAAAACAAGGAGAACUCUUCCAAAGAAGUCAACAUUAUGAAUUUGGAUGACCAGAAAGAAGAGAAGGAAGGAGAGAGACCAAAAACCUCCCCAGCUCCUCCUACACAGACCCCAGUCCCUCUGUCUGAGGUACCAAAGACGGCAAUGACAAGUGAAGGCGCACAGGAGAAGGACAAAGAUGUUAUUCUUGAUGACAAAAAAGAUCACAAAGAAGAAGCAAAGAUCAUUAGUGAUGACAGCAAACAUGAUCAAGAUGAUGACAAAAAUACWCACCCCUCCCCUGAACUGGUUGAGUGUUUAAGGCGCAUUAGCGAGCURCAUGAUCAACACAAUAAGAUGAGUGAGGUUAUUGAAACCAAAAUGGACAAAGUGAAUCUUGUUAUACCUCCAGACUUGCAAGACCAACUGGAUGAGCUGAAGAAAGGUUUUGAAACUCUCCUUCAAAAUGGCGCUCAAGCUAAURCAGACCCCCAAGGCAUCAAAAACGUCGCACUGGACAAUAAAGACAAGAUUGACACAUUACGACGAGAGUUAGCUGCUCUUUCCCGUCAGGCCAAGCAAACCUACAUCGAACGACCACCUGCACCACCCCCAGCAAUAGAUAACGAGGCUUUGCUUGCCAUUCAAARAAAGCUGACAGAUCUGGAAACCAAUCAAGACAGUAGUAAUGAUAGUACAGAAAAGAAGAUAGCAGAGCUGCUAGAAAACCUCAGCAAUAAGCAGAAUCUAAUCGAAGCGCUCUACAAACAAAUCCAAACGUUACAUGAYAUCAAAGCAGACAAAGAGAACGUUGCUAUAGAGAUGGACUACAAAGCAGACAAAGCUGCUUUAGAAAGUAAAGUUAACACUUCAACCUUCGAUACUACAUUCACCAUGCUYGACGAGGGACUGCGAGAGGCUUUGCAGAAAAUGGAUGACUACUUGAACGAGGAAUUGGCUCURAAAAACGCAUUGAAACAGUUGUCUUGUGAUAUGAAAGAGAAAAUGGACAACGAAGCAUUUAAAGCCAUGCAGAAUUAUCUUGAGAAACGUAUCGCUGAUGUACAGAAAUCACGGACAAUGAUCGCACGUGAGGCGAACGUCGACUUAAAUAACGCAGCAGGAUUACGUAGGCCGUUGGUUAACUUCCACUGCAUCUCAUGCAAUCGACCUGUUGAUGUUAAGUACAACUCGAACGUUGAACCSUCUUUACCAAAAGCUGACAGUAUUCACAUCAAGAAAUCCAAAGGACCAUACCUUAGUUAUGAAAUAGACCAGCUUCGUCAUAUCCAUCGUGGACAACAACCAUUGCUCCGUCCUGAUCAUAGGCUGACCAGCGAUACGUUUUCUAUGAGUAGACCAUGUGGCGGUAGUCAUACUGUUACAAGUCAACAGUUACGUAAACCUGUACGUAUCCACAACGCACAGGCGGCGCACUCAGUUAAUGGUUCAAGUCGAGAGGAACCAGUGACUUAUCCCAACUGGACUCGAGAGGUGUCAAUCAUCGACGUUCUGAAAGGAACAGACGGUCAUGUUUACAAAGGAAGAUACAGGACAAUACCACCAAUCGUAAAAGCAAAGGGACACAARCAUACACCUUCAGAAAGUGACCUUCCCCCUCUAAGAAAUGACCCCAGUCCACCCCUGACGGGACACAAAUGGAGCUCCGAGCCUGAGCUAUCGCGUCCGCGGGAUGAGGUCGAAUUGGGUGAAGYGAAACAAUCCACUUAUAUCAAUACAUCGAAACCCCUUACACCACCAACAACAACCAACGCCUCACCAAACUCUCGCUAUAAGAGAGUUUUAAGCCAACGACAGUCAGACUUAGGGUCUAGUGCAAUUCCUUCGCCGUCACCUCCAACAGCGAGGGAGAAUGAGUACCAACGUAGAAUCGACAGAGAAGAGUUUUUAGAAAAGCAGCAGCAAGAGCUUGCCGACGAAAGAUUGUUUUCUCCCCGCAAAGAAUAUCGUGGUGUCCAGCCAAGAACCAGCGAGAAUGACAGCAUGGGAGAAACCGUCGAAAAUAUGUACUCRCCUCACUCCCCCAAACUGACCCGYCUAACCAAAAGUGGUGGAAAUAGCCAAAACGUUAUUGGUSUMGAUUUGACAAAAAGACAAAURAGUGUUGAUAGUGUUGAUGACGUCAUGUCAUAGCACUGGCAUAUCCUCGUUCGUCUUACGAUUCUGAAAGAUAACAAGGAAAAACGGGAGUGUACAAAGCUUGAAAGACGUUAUGUUUGUAUGACGUAUUCUAUGAACCAGUGAUGUCAUGGGAAAGCGCAUACCAUAAAGUCGUCAAUGAAAUAUGAGAAUCAUUUACGCAUAAGCUCUUAAAAGAACAAGAAAAGGAGUUUAUAUCUGUGUCAUAAGGGAUAGACUAGGUUCCGUUUAAUGACUCAUUGACGUGCUUUCCAGAGUUUUCUUUCCUGCCUAGUCCAGAUACUAUGAUAAUCAUUAGAUUGUAGACGUUAACUUAUCUUAACUUUAAUGAGUCAGCAUUGAUUGGAAAGGAAUCACUGCUUACAUGAUACGCUUAUGGAUUCAUCAGUGAGUUUUUGAGCACGUAUUUUGUAUCGAAGAGGACAUCACUGACAUUCUGUAAAAUCUAUAUUACAAAAGAUGUAAAGAUUUACGUGAGUUACACCAUUAAAAUCUAGUAUCAAUUCA